UUCUCUCUCCCCGGCCCCCACCAGCAGCAGCAGCGCAGAGUGACCGACGGCCGGGCUCGGAGUCUGCGCGGCAGCGGCGGCCAGUGACAGCAGCGGGGGCGGAGGAGGCGGAUACCCGCAGCAGCAGCGGCAGCAUCGUACACAGGGGCAGCAGCAGCAGUGAGGAUGAGCCCCCGGCUGGCUGCAGUAUAGCCCCCUGGAAGCGAGCACGGGAACCCCUGUACAGAGCGCCGGGACCGGGGACAUGAGGCUGUGAUCCCAGCAUGAUGGCUCCUCUCUUCAUGCGGCUGUGUCUGCUGGGGCUCCUGAGGAGAAGCCUCGGCACUGACACAGAGGAGCGCCUGGUAGAAUUUCUGCUUGAUCCAUCCCACUACAACAAGCUCAUUCGUCCGGCUACCAACGGCUCCGAACAAGUCACCGUCCAGCUGAUGGUGUCUCUCGCCCAGCUCAUCAGUGUGCAUGAGCGGGAGCAGAUCAUGACCACAAACGUCUGGCUGACUCAGGAAUGGGAGGAUUACAGGCUAACCUGGAACCCGGCCGAGUUUGACAACAUGAAGAAAGUGCGACUGCCGUCCAAGCACGUGUGGCUGCCGGACGUCGUACUCUACAACAAUGCCGAUGGAAUGUAUGAGGUGUCCUUCUACUCCAACGCCGUGGUGUCCUACGACGGGAGUAUCUUCUGGCUUCCGCCUGCCAUCUAUAAGAGCGCCUGUAAAAUUGAGGUCAAGCACUUCCCAUUUGACCAGCAGAACUGCACCAUGAAAUUCCGCUCGUGGACAUAUGACCGAACGGAGAUAGACCUCGUUCUGAAGAGUGACGUGGCUAGUCUGGAUGACUUCACGCCCAGUGGGGAAUGGGAUAUUAUUGCUCUUCCGGGGAGGAGGAACGAGAACCCAGAGGACCCAACCUACGUGGACAUCACCUAUGACUUCAUUAUCCGGCGCAAGCCUCUCUUCUACACUAUCAACCUCAUCAUCCCAUGUAUCCUCAUAACUUCACUGGCCAUCCUGGUCUUCUACUUGCCAUCUGACUGCGGGGAGAAGAUGACGCUCUGCAUUUCGGUGCUGCUGGCACUGACCGUCUUCUUACUUCUGAUCUCCAAGAUUGUCCCACCCACGUCUCUGGAUGUACCACUGGUCGGCAAAUACCUGAUGUUCACCAUGGUUCUCGUGACUUUCUCCAUUGUGACCAGCGUGUGUGUGUUGAACGUGCAUCACCGUUCCCCUACCACGCACACUAUGCCCCCGUGGGUAAAAGUGGUCUUCCUAGACAAACUUCCCACUUUCCUGUUUAUGAAGCAGCCGCGGCAGAACUGUGCCCGCCAACGGCUGCGCCAGCAGCGGCAGAACCAGGAGAAAGCCACGGGCAGCUUCUUUCUCCGAGACAACGCCAAAUCUUGCACCUGCUACGUGAACCAAGCCACUGUGAAAAAAUUCGGGGGGCAGCUCCCUGAGUUACCAGAGGGUGUGAACGGUUUCCGUGACAGACAGGGGAAGGUGCGGCAGUGUCUCUGCGGUCUAGAGGAGGCGGUGGAUGGCGUGCGGUUCAUUGCCGACCACAUGAAGAGCGAAGACGACGACCUGAGCGUGAGCGAGGACUGGAAGUACGUCGCCAUGGUGAUAGACCGCCUCUUCCUGUGGAUCUUCAUCUUUGUCUGCGUGUUCGGGACCGUUGGCAUGUUCCUCCAGCCGCUCUUCCAAAACUACACAACCAACACGCUACUACAGCUGAACCACGCUGCUCCCACCUCCAACUGAGCCCCGCAGGAGGGUGCAGGCGCCGCGCCGCAACCUGCACCUGAGGACAGUUAUAAUUUACUAGAAAAAACUUUUUGCCCUUUCAGCCAAAACCACGGGGGAGCUAGCGCUUACUCAGGAUGGGUGGGGCAGAUGAUCCCCAAACAACGACCGCUCCAGCAAUGCGUUAUCCUGCCAAGACCUUGAGAAUGGACCCUACGGUCUUCAGUAUCUCUUUGUGAAUUAAGAUACCAAGAUGGCUGCACAGAUUUGAUCCCAACACGUCCAGGUUUUGGGGGGAGGGGGGUAAUGUUAUAGGGGAUUUCACUACUUAUUACAAGCAAUAAAGCACCAGAGACAAUUCCUGUU